AUGUCGUCUGAGAAAGAGAGAGAGCAUCUCGCCAACAAGGCCCCGGAGGAGGGCGAUGCUCCUCCCGCCUACGAGACUGGCGAACCAUCGUCAGCUAGGGAGAUUGUCUCCCCGCCCCCGCCUGCCGCGGCUGGGGAAUCCUCCAAAGCCUCAAUGCGCCCAACGGCAGACGCGCCCUUCAAUUUCCCUGAGGAUAGUCCCUUGCCCACCUAUUCUGAGGCAUCUUCGAGCAAGCAGCCACCUAUCGCAAUCCCCCAAGAGUCCCCGACUCCCACUGCUCCCUUCCUCAAUGCCUACCCUCCUGCUCUACUCAGCCAUGGCAUCACGCAGGAAGCAUGGUCUUCUUUCCUGGACACAAUUUCUGCUUUUUUGACGGCCAAGGUUGGAGAGCGCGCAAUCAACCACGCUGGGGACAUUGCCAAGAAGGUCGGCCAGCGUCCGACAAGCUAUGUCAAGAACGUUGUUUCACACACCAAGAGCGUCGGAAAGAACAUUGGCGAUAAUGCAAAGAGGGGCAACAUCAUUGGAGCGGCCUUUGGUGUCAUUGGCGGUGCCAUUUCCAUCCCCGUCGGCGCUGCUCUUGGUGCGGUUGGCACGGUGGUGAGCCUUCCAGCGCACACAAUCGCUGCCGUGACGAGGAAGCCCAAGACGCCGGCAGAGCGAGCUGUGGCUUAUGUCACCGUCGCCAACAAGGACUGGUUCAACAAGCGAGGCCUCCAUGCGAGCUUGGUCAACACUGAACAGCUUUCCGAGGUUCUUGGUGUCUCGGUCAAGGCCGUGCUGGAGGCAUCUACUGGUGAUAAGAGUGGAGGCGCAGAGGGACAGUUGAGUGCUUUGAGAGAGCAUAUUGCUCAUUUGGAGAUUCAGGGACCGGGUGUCAUUGAUCUGGCUGAGGCGACUACGUGGUUGGUCGUGGUGCGUAUAGAGGCAACACCAGAGCAUCCCAUACCACCAUCGGGGACCUUCUUUUCCUACGAGGUUCUUGGGCAUGUCAUCGAAAAGGUUUCCGGCUCAUCAUACUCCUCGUUCCUUCACGAGCGCCUACUUCGCCCCCUAGGCAUGAAGAGAACCUACUUCACCGACCAGACUGAACAAAUGGAAAAUGAAACCAAGCCCUACGCUACCCUUUCCCACGCUACACCGGUCCGUAUCUCGCCUGCUCUCCAGGGAGAUCACGUUUUGAUGGACCCGGCCGGCGGUGUUCGGAGCUGUGUCUCUGACCUUCUCAUCUUUUACAAUGCUCUGUUGGAUGCUGCUGCCGAAGAACUCGAGCUGGGCACCAAACAGGCGUACACAUCCAGGGACCACCCCGUAUCGUUCUCUGAGCUCCCGACUAUGUGGACAGGCUGGAACAUUCUACCAAUGCCCCUCGUCCGAGAGCACUCAUACUGCUAUGUCGGGCGCUACUUCAACGCAGUCAAGAAUUACUUCAUCGACAUUGGACUCGACAAGGAAGGCAACCUCUAUGUAUCGUUCAUGGGGAGAAAUAGGGACACCUCUGAAUUGACGACAUACCAGGAUGACAGCUUCUUCGGGUUCUUGACGCACAACGAGGCUGCCAAGUUGGCUCGUUAUGACGGGCACGGGGAAAACUUUUACAUUCUAAGCUUUCGUUGUGCCAGCGGGGACAAGGAGGUUAUUGAUGCCUUGUCGUGGAAGCAUGAGCCGUCACUCAACGGCCUUGGGGAACUGUUCGAACGGCAGCCAGUGCAGGAUAAUAUCUCGGCUAAAAUGGUGGCUUCUAAGUUGUGA